ACAGGAAGUUCACAGCCUGGGAAGUCCGACAGGAUGCGCGGAUCCCUCUGAGGGAUUUUCCUUCAUUUAAUAUCCUCUCCGAUUGAACUGACACAAAAAAAUAACAUAUCUGAAAUAACACAGCGCCUGCCAUGUCUGAGACGUACGAUUUCCUGUUCAAGUUCCUAGUGAUUGGGAAUGCAGGAACUGGAAAAUCAUGUCUCCUUCACCAGUUCAUAGAGAAGAAAUUUAAAGAUGACUCAAACCAUACGAUUGGUGUCGAGUUUGGCUCAAAGAUCAUCAAUGUGGUCAACAAGUUUGUCAAACUCCAAAUUUGGGACACAGCAGGACAGGAACGAUUCAGAUCUGUAACAAGAAGCUAUUAUAGAGGUGCAGCAGGAGCUCUACUUGUGUAUGACAUUACCAGCCGGGAGACGUACAAUGCUCUGACCAACUGGCUGACAGAUGCCAGGAUGUUGGCCAGCCAGAACAUUGUCAUAAUAUUGUGCGGCAAUAAGAAGGACCUGGACGCUGAUCGUGAGGUCACUUUUCUGGAGGCAUCCCGCUUCGCUCAAGAGAAUGAACUCAUGUUUCUGGAGACCAGUGCUUUAACAGGGGAGAAUGUGGAGGAGGCCUUUGUUCAGUGUGCCCGCAAAAUUCUCAACAAAAUAGAAUCAGGUGAGCUGGAUCCGGAGCGGAUGGGUUCAGGGAUUCAGUAUGGUGAUGCAGCACUGCGGCAGCUACGCUCCCCAAGACGAGCUCAGGCCGAGAGUGUGCAGGAGUGUGGCUGUUAGCGCCAGCGCCGCUAGAGCCAAACAGCCAGGCAGGUUUUGUGAAGAUAAGGAGGAUAUCAGUGGGGAAUGGGGUGAAAGGCCCAAGAAAGUGGAGCAACUCUUCCCUCACCUUCCUUUUACUUCGGUUCAGACGUGCCAGAGAUCCUGGGACGUCUCUGCGCUCCAGAAGUCUGGAAACCGUUAACUGCCCCCUGGGCCUAGGCAAAGAUACCCGCUGUGUUCAAAACCCUGAGGAUGAUGAAACUAGGCCCUUGCUGAAAGUUCUGCACUGAGCUAUCUUAACCCUCUGUGUCCUAUUCUACUCCCAUUAACAUAUGUAGAUCUUGUGUAGAAAAGAGCUUACAUCAUUACUUUGGAGCAUGUUUUAUGGACUGCAUUACCAGAACUUCAACGAUUAGGUUUUAUCAGUUCGGGAGCAGGCCAGUGUUUACUUGGAAGGUCUUAUCAGUGACAUCUGUUACGUACACUGGUUUUACCAUGACACAAUACAUUUUUAUUCAUUUUUUCUCUCUCGCUCUGCAGAUGAGUAUUCCUUUUGGUCUGGUAGGGCAAUAUAAUGGAAUAUACAAUGUUUUAUAAAAGUGAUUGCCGUAUUUUGCAAGAAUGCACUGUUCUUCUGUUCUGAUGUUUUUGGUGCACAACAUGUAUAAGAAAGUUAUGUUACUGUAAAAAACCUGGAAUGUCAAAAUACAGUAUAUAUAAACAACCACUAUCUUCUCAUAUACAUAUAUCAUAAUGAAGGAAGUUUAAAAUGUAGAUUGAAAAGUCACUGUUACACAGAGUAUUAUCUUCCACAGCAUAUUUACAUGCUGUUGUCCUGUUUGAAAAUGUUCAUUGGAUUGACUCAUGCAAAGUGUUAUUAAAACUAGUGUCUCAUUUUUAAAUGUUAUAGAUAUAAAUGUGCAGCCAACUACAGUGUUUUGGAAAAUUGCAAUGUAUGUUGAGUGCUACAUUCUGCUUAUUCUUGGACCCUCACUUCAAACCUAGCCAAGAUUUUCAUACAUGGGAGGUCAUGGGUCGUAUCAUUUAUUCAUAAGAUCCUAUUAUAAAUUGAUGUUAUUUAACAUAUAUAACAGACACAAUUUAAGUAUCGAGGCUAAACAAAUGCCUCUUACGCUGCUCUUUCUAUAGCUUUUUGUUUAUUAAAAGCCUUGAAUCAUUGAUUUCUCCCACCGCAUAAACAAGCUAAAGUAACAAUCAGCUUGUCUAGAUUAAAUGCUACAGAUCUUUUCUGGGAAACAGACUUUGAAUUGGGCAUUAGUAACAGAAGGCAUGUUUAUUGUGCUGGUGGCAGAAGCUCUUAAUUUAAAUGAGUAUUUUACUUAAUCUAGGUUUGCUUUAUUUCCCAAACAGUUUGCUUAUGUAAGUUGAUACAGACCACCAUAACUUCAUCUUGUCACUAAUCUGAGUCAUUAUCGACUGAGUCAUUAAUAAAUAAUAAAUGG